UCUCUGCUAAUGGAAGAAAAACCACUCAUAGAACUCUCAGACUCAGAAAUUCGCUUAAAUUUCAAACUCAACUCAAAAUGCAGGGCAAAUAUUACCAUAAAGUCCCUCUCCUCAACAACUCCAAUAGCUUUCAAAGUCCAAACGUCAUCGCCGCACAAGUUCUUAGUCAAUCCGCCGACCGGGGUAAUUCCGCCGUUAUCAGUCACCGUAAUUCAAAUCAUUCUUAAACCUCAGACUCAUCUCCCGCCCACUUUCCCCCGCUCUCGCUCCGACCGUUUCUUGAUCAGAACAGCGUCGUUUAAUCCUCAUUAUAACUCUGAUAAUGAUAAUAUUAAUUCUCUCCACUCUUUUUUCUCUACAAUUUCUCAUAGUUUAGUGUCCAGUUUUAAGCUGAAAGUUGCUUUUGUCGGACCGUUUCUUCUCCGGCAAGCUGUUGUUUCCGGCGAUGUUGACUCGGUGAAGAAUAUUAUCAAACGACAACGGUCAAUUCUUGCUGAGUUUGCUCCGAUUGAAGCUGAGUCACUUCUCCGACUUGCAACCGAGUUGGAUGACCCGGAGAAUAUGGUGAACUUACUGCUUGAAGCUGGUUUAAAAAUUGACUCACGAGUUGGAGUUGAUAACGGUAGAAGUAACAAUAAUGUGGGGUUUUAUGAGAAGUGGGAAUCUAAGGGCUGGAGUGAGCUACACGUAGCGGUGGCGUUUGAUCGGACGGGUGAGGUGUUGAAUUUGGUGGAGAGACUUGGGACGUUGGAUUUAAGAGAUAAGGAGGGAAGGACACCGUUGCAUUUGGCGGUAAGUAGGGGAAAUGUAAGGUGUGCUAAGGUGUUGAUAGAAUACGGUGGGGAUAAAGAUGCUAAGAGUAAAGAUGGGAGAACUGUGUUGUAUAGAGCAGCGGCUAAUGGUGACCGUAAGAUGGCUGAAAUGUUAAUUGAGAUGGGGGCUGACCCCACUGUUUGUGAUGAUCGUGGCCGUUCAGCAUUUGAUGUUGCACGUGAUAAGGGACAUGAGGAGAUUGUGGAGAUUAUGGAACAAGGAGAACUUGUACUAAUGGCAGCUAGAAAAGGAGACUCCAAGCUCCUUCAAUCAUUACUCCACAAAGGUGCAAAUGCAACUUACACUGAUCAAUACGGUCUAACACCUUUACAUGCAGGGGCAAUCAAAGGGCACAAGAAAAUAGUAUCAACCCUAAUUGAAUCAGGGGUAAAUGUGGAAAUUCAAGACAAUGAAGGACAUGUUCCACUUCAUUUAGCAGUAGAAGGUGGGAGUUUAGAGACAGUUGAGGUACUGGUAAAUAAAGGAGCUAACUUAAAUGCUAGGACUAACCAUGGAGCCACACCAGUCUACUUGGCUAAAGCCAUGGGCUGUGACGACAUAUUGGAGUUUCUUGUGAACAGGGGAGCCUCUUUUUCUCAUUCUCCUUCGCCAAUCGCUCAUUCAUUAUGAUCUUGUGGAUAAUUUUUUUUUUUUUUGAUAAUUGGUGAGGGGGAGCGCUUGUGGGAGGGGGGAGCGCUUGAGUUUGUUGUUUUCUUUGUAUAAAUAAAAAUUCUUUUUUUGAACAUUAUACUUUUUGAUCGUUUUAUUAGGUCACACGUUUUAAAUUCUA